CAUGACCUCUGGGCACAUCGGGAAAAGCGGCUGAUGUUUGGAUCUAUGAGCGCCAGGCACGGUGUGCUGCGUCUGACUCCGAGGUUUUUUUUAGUGUCAAGAAGGCCAGAUAGUCUCUAAGUCAGCAACAUGAGUCAAGUGUCAGUUUUGGAUGUGUUUGAAGACAUGCCAGCCCAGGACAGCACAUCUUUCCCUGACCCUGCUGGAGCUGAAGGGGGAGACUGUGUGGUGUGUGGAGACAAGGGCUCUGGCUUUCACUAUGGUGUGUACAGCUGUGAGGGAUGUAAAGGGUUCUUCAGGAGAACUGUGACAAAGGGUUACGUUAAGGCAUGCAAGUCAGGGAGUAAGUGUAACCUGGACAUGCACACCAGGAGGAAGUGUCCUGAAUGUCGCCUCCGCUCAUGCAGGGCUGCCGGCAUGAGAUCCGACUGUCUUCUUACCCAGGCUCAGUGCAUGUCAAAGUUCCUUUAUCGCAAAAAAUCUGAGGCACCAAAAUCAGACCAUCCCAUUUCAUCACCCAAUCAGGACGUGUCCGUUCAGUCACCACCCAAUCAGAGCACUGGGACAGAUGUGCAGCAGCACAAGAACCUGGUCAGCGACAUUUCCAACCAAUCAGAGACCUGUAGUUUGGGAGAAGUUCCAUCUAGUAGUAGCGCUCAACCUUUUGAGACUGUGCCUGAACCAGUCUCUUUCUCACAACUAAUUGACAACAAUGACACCAACUUGCUUGAUGAAAUCACGUCCUCGUUUAUGGAUCUCAGUUCUGAGAACCCGGCUGUGUUAACUCGAACUGACUCAACAGGAAGUGAUGACAUGCUUUCCUUCUUAGCUCUCCUUGCAAACGACACACAGUCAAUUGAUGAGAAUGUCCUUGACCCAAGCAUAGGGUUGUUUGAUGAAGUCCAUGCAACUACACCAAUCCAGGGCAACAGCUCCAUCGAGCAUGCUGAAAACCUUCUCUCCCUUCAGAGAGGCAAAGCGAACUUGCAAGCGAAUGAUUCUGCAUCUGCAACCAAUGGGCAAGCAUCAGAGGAGAACUCUGAAUCGUCCACAAGUGAUACACCUACAGAAAGUGUCAAUCAAGCUACCAACCCUUGUGAUCUAAAAACAAACCUUCAGCUUUCCCAAAAACAUCAGUCAGCUGAUGAAGAUAAGGCAACUAAGGAGCACACAUGCAGCUUAUUUAGACCGGGGAAGAUAAAAAGAUUUGCGAGGCCAGAUGCUGUUCAAAAUCUUUCCCCAGAGUAUCAAGCAAUAGUUUCAGAAAUUGCUACCUUUCGGAAGAGUUGGUGUGAAAAGCAUCACAAGACACUGUGCGUACUAAUUAAGGGAUGCAUUCAAGAUAAUAGCAAGAAAGAAAGGCAGGUUCGUUUUGUUGCUCACAUGGGCGUAGUGGUGGAGAAGAUGGUUGAGUUCAUCAGGACUGUUGUUCAUUGCUUUCAAGAUCUCCGCAUUGAGGACCAGAUUGCAGUUGUGAAGGCAUCCUUUUUUGACUACUGCAUGAUAAAGGCUCCUAUCCUCUUGGCAAACUUCAAUGCUGGUGCUCAUGUCUUGAAACGCAUCUUACAGGCAGUGCACACUGAAGUGUUCAACGCCACCCUGAUGAAGUGGUAUGAAGGGAUGCUGGACCUGAAAAUAGACAUGACUACACUGGACCUCCUGCAGUGUGUGAUAGUUGUUUCUCCUGAUCGGCCAAAUAUCAAAGGGCGUGACACACUGGAACAGUCGUAUGCACAGUACAUCGAGUGUCUGCGUGCUUACUGCAAAGUCGCCUACCCAGAGAAUCGCUUGAUGUUUCACCGCCUGCUGAGUAAGCUGACGGAAGUUCGCACUAUUGGCACAGCCUUUGGGAGGAGCAUUAGCUCCGAGUGUGAGUCCAUCAUCAGAGAACAUCCCCUGGUUUCUGAGAUUUGGAACCACGACUGAUGUAAGGGAUUACAAGUGUUGAGAGAAAUAGCGACAAGCUAUGAUGAUGAGUGUUGAAUUGAGGGGUCUUCUCUUAGCUCAUGGCAUGAUUUGACCUACUUCCAUUAUCUGUAUCAUAAUAGAUAUGCCAAUUUUAUCUAAGAUGACAACAUGACCAUAAUGUACCUCAGUUGCAUUGUAAGAAGAUUUUUUUCAAAUAGAAAAUGUAACGUUAAUUGAAUGACUACUAACUUAAAAAGACAUUUCCAUGUAUUUGGGUUGGCUGGGGCAAAUCUUUAAGUUGAUGGAAAGAUUGUGACUUUGCUGUAUUUCCAUUGAAGCUUUGGAACUAUUCCUGUAAAUUUGCAUUAGAUGCUGCAUUUGCCUGGAAUGAUUGAAUCUGUGUGACCUUGUAAUCAACAUGUUUGACUGGCAAAAUACAAGAAAGAUUUCUAUUGAGAUUGCCACUUGUACAAAGUUUAACAGACGUCUCAACUUUUGAACUUGAAUGCAAUAUGGAGCAUAAGAUUUUACACAGUAGUCAGCACUGAUAAUCUGAUUGAAUUUUGAAUUUAUGAAAGUUUACUGUUAGCUCUUGUGUUUUGAGGGGCUAUCUCGAAUUACACUGAGUAUUCAUAGAAAUUACAGCUUUUCUAUGUAGAAGUAUUUUUGUUUAGUUCACAUGUGAUGGCAAGACAUACAUGCACAGAAAUGAUCAACUAUCAUUUCAUUCUGGUCUUAAUGCUACCAUAUGUCAGUUUGUGUGAAAAUGAAAUAUAAAUGUUGG